GUACAAUGUGUGUUGCUCUCCACACAACUCAACUCACUCAAAAUCCUAAACACACACAAAAAAAAAUGAAGAAGCCUUCGGUAACCUCUUUUCUCAUCACUCUCCUCUUGUCUGCAGCUGUCUGCGCCCACGGCACUACAGAAUCCAACGGAACUCCAGUUAAGGUCGGGGAAAAAUACUUCAUGCUGCCUGUUAAGACAGAGAAUAACGAUGGAGGUGGUCUUGUUCCAGCCGCCACCAACAUACUUCAGUCUUGUCCACUUGGCAUCACCCAAACACGUCUUCCGAACCAACGGGGCAUCCCCGUUAGCUUCCGAUAUACAGAAACUAUCGACAGAGACUUCAUUACCACAGACACCUCUAUAAACAUCGAGUUCAUGUCCGACAUCUGGCCAGUCUGCAGCGAGUUCUCCAAGUUAUGGGCAGUCGAUGACUCCUCAUCUGCCAUUAUCAUCGGUGGUAAACACAAGAGCCCAAAUAGCGCGUUUAAGAUACAAAAUGUUACGGUAGCAGAACACACUUAUAAGUUGACCACCUCAUACGGAACCGUUGGAACUACCCCACCGCAGCUACUUGUCACCAAUGAUGAGUCUAAGACCUUAGUCGUCCAGUUCGUGAAGGCUGAUGAUGAUGCUACUAAGGCUACUUCUCGUGUUGAAAAGUUAGGUCUAAGGAUGUUCCCAUUCUACUAGUCAAAGAUCAAGAUCAUGAAAUGUAAGAAUCCUCGAGACCAGUCCAUGGCCAUGAUUAAAUGGGUUAUAGAUAAUACCCGCAGGUAUAUAUAUGUGAACUCGUUUUUACUUUCGUAAAUAAAUCUCAUGAAUUUGUGUGUUUUCAGCGCUUUAUGUAAAUACCCGCACGUAUGUAUGUGAACUCGUCUUUAUUUUCAUAAUAAUAAUAAAUCAGAUAAGUUUGUGUUU